CUGUGCUUCAAGUUGUGCAUGCUUGAGCAUUGUUGUGCGAGCUAACAAGCAGCCCCACCUCCGGCACUUAGCUAGCGCAUUUCUGGCCCGGGCACGACAGCCCCACCAGAUUCCCAACUGCAAGACGAGCACCUUGCAGCAACCGACCAGACGAACCGACCAGACGCGCGACCUCUAACCUCGACCCUGACCUCGACCUCAUCUCGACGGCCAAUCACCAACCAGGGCAACCCGCGCCCACGCCCCCAGCACGCAUCAGCCUCGCGCCGCGUCGAGUUUGGGAUGGCAGGCAACGAGGGGCCAAAGCUGCUCUGGAAUCCGGACAACGUCCGAGAUGUCGCCGACUCGCAAGGCAUAACGCUUUCGGAGGAGCCGCUGCGAGUGCUCGCCCAGGAUGUCGAGUACCGCAUUGGCCAACUCAUCGUCGAGGCCCUGCGCUUCAUGCGCGCCGCCAACCGCACCACCCUAACCGUCCAGGACGUCUCGCUGGCGCUCAGGGUGCUCAAGGUCGAGCCCCUGUACGGGUACGAGUCGACCCGGCCGUUGCGGUACGGCGAGGCCAGCCUCGGCCCCGGCCAGCCGCUCUUCUACAUCGACGACGAGGAGAUCGACUUCGAAAAGGUCAUCAACGCGCCGCUACCCAAAGUACCGCGCGACAUGAGCUUCACAGCGCAUUGGCUUGCCGUCGAGGGCGUCCAGCCCUCCAUUCCGCAAAACCCCACGACCGCCGAGACCUCAUCAAAAGACCUCUUGCCGAAGGGCCCCGGCGCGAAUCCCGCCCUCGCAGCGCUCGCAGGCAACGACAACGUCUCGUUCCGGCCGUCGGUCAAACACGUGAUCAGCAAAGAAUUGAUUCUCUACUUCGAUAAGAUCCAAGCCGCAAUACUCGACGACGACCCGGAUGAAGAGAAAACAAGGCUCCGCGAGGCCGCGUUGGAGUCGGUCCGGUCCGACCCAGGGCUGCACCAGCUGCUCCCCUACUUCGUCAACUUCAUCACGAAUCAAGUCACCCACCACCUGGACGACCUGUUCGUGCUCCGGCAGAUGAUGGAGCUCGCCGAAGCCGUGAUCCAGAACCCGAGCCUCUUCCUCGACCCGUACGCGAGCGCCCUCUCCGCGCCGGUGCUGACCUGCCUCAUGGCGCGCAAGCUCGGCGGGGCCGCGCCCGACGAGGGCGGCGACGCGUUGCGGGAGCAGUACCGGCUGCGCGAGCUGGCCGCGAGCCUGCUCGAGAUGAUCGCGCGCAAGUACGGCGCGAGCAACGCGCUGCUGCGGCCCAAGCUGACGCGCACCUGCCUGAAGCACUUCCUCGACCCGACGCGUCCGCCGGCUGUGCUAUUCGGCGCCAUCCGCGGCGUCGCCGCGUCCGGCGGGCCCGAGGCCGUGCGCAUCCUCGUGCUGCCCAACCUCAAGAGCUUCGACGCGGCCGUGCUGCAGCCGCUGCAGGAGAAGGCCGAGGGGCCGCAUGCGCUGGAGCUGGAGAUGCUCCUGGGCGGCAUCAUGAAGGCGGUCGAGAGCAUCGUCCUGGGGGGAGGCAUCGCUGCGGCGAACGGGGUCAACGGGGCCGACCUGUCGAGGGAGGCAGAGCAGGUCACCGAGUUCUUGGGCCCCAUUAUUGGGCAGAGGGUCGCGCGGUUGGGCAACCACGCAUUGAACAGGGCCAUCCUAGAAGUACGGCAUCUGGACUAGUGCUU